CCACCCAUCGUGUGACUUAUAAUGUGCUACACAAGUUGAGGAACUUACUUUAACUUCCUGUUUUACUGGGUAUGUUCAACAAAAAGUAUGGCAGCUCUCCUACAUUACAUAGUGUUUCUAUCAGCUCUAGUCCAAGGAUCAGAGUCCAGCAUUGAGACUCUGAAACGGUUUGUGCUGAAGGGAGAAAAUGUUCGUCUGCACGUCCAGGGAUAUGCUAAACUAAAUAAUAUUGAGGAUUUAAAGUGGACUUUUAACAAAUCUCACACUUUAGUAAAAUACUCCAAUGAAUCAUCAACAGUGAAAGUAUACACUAAAUACCAAGGCAGGAUUGAGUUUAGUGAGGCAAACUUCUCUCUAGUACUGAAGAACCUACAGGAAGGAGACAGUGGACUUUAUGACGCAGGAGUGAGUGGUGAAGAAAACAAAGAUGUUGCCAAGUACCAGAUAUCAGUUCAAGAGAGAGUUGUGACACCAGUCCUGACAGUGAACUCUGUCUCCUCCAUCAAUGGCAACUGUAACGUGACUGUGACCUGCAGAGGUCAGAACACCUCUGUCACCUCCAGCUGUAACAGCAGCACCUGCUCUCAGGUGGGAGGAGAGAGUAGAGGGGCUGAGACCUCCACUGUCCCCCUGCUCUCUGUCUAUGUGGCAGGGGGUUUCAUCAUCUGUAACCACAGCAACCAAAUCAGCUGGGCCCCUAACAUGAAGGAGAUCGAAACGAUUUGUGCAUCCAAUUCUAAACCAGAGCGGGACGAAGAGAACCAAAACUACAAAGUCGGCAUCAUCAUCUUCAUCAUCAUCAUCAUCUUCGUUGGAUGUGUCCUGAUUGCUUGGCAGAAGCUGAAUAAAGGUUACAAAGAGGAUAGUAUAAACACAGAUUAUGCUACUGUCAGGACUCCAGGUAACAGUCAUGUAGGUGGUGAAGAGCAGGAAUCUCCAGGUCCAGGUCCAACAACACCCACCAUCUACAGUGAGGUGGGACAACCCCCAACCCCAGCUAUGUGAACUACCCACCAUGGUGGGAGACGGAAAUCAUCUGUAAGUGGUGCCUAGAUGACAAUGUGUGAUCGCAUUGAAUUCAUUAAAUUGAAAGGCAAUUUUCUCAAGUUUAUGGAGACGGCAUUCACAGUAAACGUUGUGUCAUGUGUCGGCUCGAUCAGAAAUUACCUUUAUAUUUCAGUUGCACUAUAACUCAGAUCUUCCGUGGUCCGGAUUGAAUCUAGCCCUUACUCUCAAUAGCUCUGUUUAUAACUGGUUCUCACAUGUGUCCUUUGUCCUGGUCUUGUCCACUUUUGGAUUGUCUACACCUGUCUAAAAUUGUGGACACAAUCAAAGUCAAAUUGAGAUCUGAUUGGGAUCUUCCUGCCCACCUCCGGAGGUAGUCAGCCACGCAUUGUGUCUGGAUAUAUUGCAAGUGUAGACGGAAUCUGGACAGUUAAACUAUUUAAUCCAUAAUUAUCCUGCCCUCUCAAACAUUUACAGGUUGCACAAUUGACUUAUGGCAUCAAUGGUGGUGUUGGAGGGCCAGAAGGAGGCACUCUGGACUACAGAUCUCAUGCCAAUACCCCAGGACAGUGAUGAGGACAUCAGCCUGAGUAGAGUGCAGUCUUUUGGAUGGAAUGUUAAAUGGGUGUCCUGACUCUCUGUGGUCAUUAAAAAUCACAUGGCACUUAUUGCAAUCGGCCAAACCCAUAAUUCAUCCAUUGGACUGCUAGAUGGUGAAGUGUGAUUCAUCACUCCAGUGAACUCAAAUCCACUGCUCCAUAGUCCAAUGGCAGUAUGCUUUACACCACUCCAGCCGAUGCUUGGCGUUGUGCAUGGUGAUAUUACGCUCGUGUGCAGUGAUAGAAAAAGUACCCUAUUGUCAUACUUGAGUAAAAGUAACCUUAAUAGUUACUCAAGUAAAAGUGAAAGUAAACCAGUAAAAUACUACUUGAGUAAAAGUCUAAAAGUAUUUGGUUCUAAAUAUACUUAACAAGUAUACAAAGUAAAAGUA